UCCGUAAACGAGUGAUUCCGAACGAAUCGGCUUACAGCUAAAUUCGUAAUGUCUCCUUUUAGCACCUAGCGCGUAGGUUUAUUAUUGCUCGUCGGAUUAGAAUUGACUGACAUUUUCUGAAAUAAAAUUAUCAAAGAAAAAUGAGUGAUAUAAGUGAUGAAAAGCUUAAAACGGAGAUCGAAAAAAUACUGAAGAAUGCGGAACUAUCGAACACAUCAACGAAGAAGGUCAUCAAGAAACUUGAAGAGAAUUUAGGAGUGGAUCUGUACAGCAGGAAGAAGCAGAUCGACGAUAUGGUCAUGGCGUACGUGAACAGCAUGGAGUCUGACGACGAGGACGAACUGGUUAUGGACGAAAAGAAGAGGGACACCGAAGAAGAAGAGGACGAAAAGGAGCCAGAAGAAGAGGAGAAAUCGGCUGAUGACAGCGACGACGAUAACUGGGGAAAGCCGACCCGCAAGAAGAGGAAAGUAGAAGAGAAGAAGAAGAAAGGGACAGCGAAACCCAAAAAGGAGAAAAAGAAAUCGGGCGGUACAGGUAAGGGCAGUGGCUACACCCGCGCUUACAAACUGUCGCCCGCUCUGUCCGAGCUCAUGGGCGCUGAGGAGAUGCCCCGGCACGAGGUAGUCAAACGAAUGUGGGCCCUGAUCAAGGAACGUAACCUUUACGAUCCGAACAACAAGCGCUUUGUGAUCUGCGACAAGGACAUGCACAAGGUCAUAGGGAUACAAAGAUUUAGGGCUUUUGGAAUGAUGAAAUAUUUAAAAACCCAUUUCUUGGACUGAACUAUACAUACGCUUUUACUGUAUGAUUGUAUGAUGAGGUUUUUUUUUUUGAACAUUUUGCUAACAUAUUACUCAGAGGUAUCUAUUUAUCGGAACGGUUUUGUUUGGAAUGUCGCACCUUUAAAAUUAUACUCAUUUUGAAAUAUGCAGUAGGCAGCGGCUUGGUUGCAGUAGGCAGCGGCUUGGCUCUGCUCCUGGCAUUGCUGAAGUCCAUGGGCGACGGUAACCACUUACCAUCAGGUGGGCCGUACGCUCGUCUGCCUACAAAGGCAAUAAAAAAUAAAUUGGAUUUCGUCUUUAAUUCAAAAAUUUACCUAGAACGACCCUUUUCAACGACUUUUAGUAAUCAAAUGACCAUAAGUAGCUUAUAAAAGGACAAAGCUAUCUAUCGGUCUCUUUCACUCCGUCCCCUUCCUCUACGUUUUUUCGGUUUGAGAACUUUAAUCGAUGUUUUCCAAAAAACACCCCAUUUUUUGAGUUGGGUCUUUAUAAUUCUAAAGGUGUGAUGUCAUAUUUUCUUCGUAAACUUUGUUUCUGAUGUACAUCAUUUUUGACUUAUAAUUGUUUUGCAUUAAUCAUUAAAAUUAACAGCAAAUCUUGAGGUGAUAGAAUGUAACAGCAUAUCGUGUCUCCGGAGCUAAUUAGGAAUUAAGUAAAAAUUUAAUAAUUGUUUUUUUUGUUUUUCUUAAUGAUCGUAUUAUUGUUUCUGAAACAAAUAUUAUCUUCUCUGUUUGACGGGUCUUAAAGUAGGGGCGUACAGUCGGGCCCAAAAGUCAGCGACUUCACUUUGCCCGUGAGUUGGGCUAUUGCAUUUCUUAUUCACUGUUGUAUUUUCACUCGGCAGAAAAUUUGGGCAACAUGUGUAUUGGUGAUAUCAUGUUCUUUGAAAAUUUCAAAAUCGCACGAAAAUUGUAGACAUGGUCGUAUUAAUUGGCCUUGUUUAAUUCGUUUGGAUUUUAUGAACGUUCCUCAUUUAGCCUCUGCAAGGCAAACUUUUUGGUGAAAGCCAAUAUCAAAUCGUGAAUUAGUAGCUCUGCGUAAUUAAAGUUUAGUUUAUUUAGUAAUUAUCGCAUUGCGAUGGAAGACAGGGUCGCUGUUUGUCCUUCAUAAGCAGCUCGCAACUACACACGUCGACGCUUAGAAAGGCACCGCCGAUUCGGUUUUGUAUAGCGUCGUCUCUGUCAUACAGAUUAGUUGCAUUAGUUUGUCGAGAGCAUCCUCACUAAAUCAAUUUAAUUCAUUUGAUGCUCUGUCCCUUUCCGUCGCGUUCUGUUUGCAUUCAUUUAUUUCAGAAACAAAAUUUCAUUAAGGCAUUACCUUUUACUCAAUCAAUAUUACCUUAUAUUCAUCAGUUUGUACUGAUUUCGCAUACAUUUUUAUCACGAGUGUAGCAUUUAAAACUGUUACCGUGGAAAAAGAAAGAAGGCCAUCUGUAUUAGGCUGCUCUCAUUCCGAUCGUGUAUUUUAAGAACACAGAGAAAUGGGCUGAUUCGUGUAAAACGGCCUUAGAUUUGUAAGACUUUUAGGGGAUAAGUGUAUGUUUAAGUAGGGUUGUCUGCAGCGUGCUUAUUUCAGUCAAAACGCUCAAUAAUAUAAGCUAGUCACUCUCUAACUUUCAAACGAAAACAACGCACAGAGAGCCUGUUUAUUGAGUUUUUUUACUAAAUAAGCUUUAGACUAAAGAUAUUUUUAUUUGAUAAAUAUUGUCAAAAAAACUUAACGUCGUGACUGUACUAGUAAUUUGUCUCUUUCGUACACUGACGUACAAGAGUGCCAGCGAAAACACAAUAUUUUUAUGGCGCCAAUGACCCAAGAUGGCGUCCCUAGGACUGUGUUGUAAUUUGUAUUUCGAUAUAAUUGAUUGAUGUGCAUAAAUAAAGUAUUGUCAGACAAUAA